CUCCCCUCUCUUCCCCCUUGAAAGUAAAUAAUGAUGUUCCUGUUAAGAAAUGUUGACUUACCUCUCCCUCCCUUCCCUCCACCCCGCCCUAUAUCACUCCACCCUCCCCUCCACCCUCCCCUCCUGGUACCGCCUCUCCAUCUCAUCCGCCCUCUCCACCCGCAGCCUCUCCAUCUCCCCCCCAAUCCUCUGGACCGCGGCGGCCAAGGACUCCAAGGAGGUAGUCAGGGGGUCCCCAACCCCUGCCUCCUGGCCGCCCUCGACCGCCGGGCCAUCCCCAAACCACUCCCCCAUCUCCUCCCCCUGCCCCAGCCUCGUGGCCAGAAGCAACCCCAGAAGCCACCCCAUCCGCCACCACACCCACCUCGCCCACCACCACACCCACCCGACAACUGGGCGCAAGGCCCGAACGAGAAAGUAAUUGGCGAAAAGCCGCCAAAGCUCCGCGAGGAGCGUGCCGAGAACGGCGCCGUACCACGUCUGCGUCUGUGGUGUUUCCAUCUACAAUCACACGUUAGAAAACUGGCCUCAAAUUCGAUGAACUCACUGCUUGGCAGUAGAAUGGAAGGAUAGAAAGGUGAAGAAGAGUGAAGAUAUCGAACGAAAAUAGAUCCGAAAAGAAAGAAGCAAUCAUGGUCGCUCAGUGAUGGUCAUUUGUGGUGGUGCUCCAAAGAGGGCUGGCACUUACUGUCUUCUGUCUUCAGUGGUCUGAAGAAGAAGAGAGAAAGCAAAACGAAACGAGAACAACAAAACCUAAGCAAAGCCCGAGUUGCGUGGCUUCCGCUCCAGUAGAUGUAAACAACCAUUUUUGGAAGUCGUCGGCCUAACGU